AUGGAUGAAAAUAAUGAAGCACAAUCAAUUGAAAUGAUUGAUUUAAAGAAAAUUAAUUAUAAUCAAGUAUGUAGAGGGUGUUUAUCAGAAGAUGAUGAUUUAAAGCCAAUGUAUGCACAAUUAGAAACUAAUUUGCAUGGUAAUGUUGUAUUAUCUGAUAUGUUUAUGGAGUGUACUUCCAUACAAAUUGAUAAUAAUGAUAAUUUACCCAAACAAUUGUGUGAUAAUUGUAUUUAUCAAAUCAAUCAAUCAUUUCUAUUCAAAAAGAAUUGUCAACGUAUUGAAGAAUCUUUACAUCAAUAUGAAAAACAUAAAGACUUAUUCGUUGAUGACGAUAAUAUUAAUAAUGAUCAAUUAUCACCAACAGACAUGACAACUACCAAUGAUUGUAGUUUAAAUGAUGAUAAUUCUGACGAUGAUUUUAAAAACGCUAUUAAUGUUGAAUAUCUAGAGGAGGAUAUGAAUAGUGAUAAUGAAAUUGACUUAAAGGAAGAUAUCGUAAAGGAAGAAAAAUUAAUGAUCAAGCAAGAAUGCCCUCAAGUGAUUAGUCCCCAAGAUGAUGAUAAUACAAACAACGAGGUGACAAAAACUAAACCAACCACUAUUCCUAAAAAACGGAAAUUUGAUCAAAACGGUAAUGAUAAUAGUAAACGUAAAUUUAAAUGUGAGGAAUGUUCAAAAACGUUUAAAACAAAAAGCCAUUUACGAUCGCAUUCGUUUGUACAUACAAAUGAAAGACCAUAUGUGUGUUCAGUAUGUAGCAAAGGUUUCAAUUCGAAUCGAAAUUUAAAACGACAUACUAUGAUACAUACUGGCGAAAAACCGUAUGCAUGUUCACUAUGUUCUAAAUCAUUUAAUCAACAAGUUACACUAAAUCAUCAUAUGCGAGUCCAUACAAAAGAUCCCGUAUUGCAUAUCCGUAGUUAUAAUAAAAAUAAUGAUAAUGAAGCAAACGAUAGUAAAAUUACUGUAUUGGACAGAGUCGAAAUAAGAGAGAGGAGAGAAGCAAAUAAUGAUAUUUUAAAACCAUUUUUAUGUUGUACUUGUGGUAAAUCAUUUGCAUCGAAAGCUGUAUUAGAGAUACAUAGUAGAAUACAUACGGGAGAAAGACCUUAUAAAUGUACAAAAUGUGAUAAAUCUUUUGCACAGAAAAAUUCCUUUAAAACACAUCAAUUAACACAUUCAGAUGAUAAACAAUAUCAAUGUGAUCAUUGUAAAAAAUUAUUUAAAACUCGUAUUGCAUUAUCUCAACAUUUAUUAAUACAUAUGGGUAUCAAAAAAUACAAAUGUUCGUUUUGUAGUCGUAAAUUUACACAAUGGUCACAACGAAAUUAUCAUCUACGGACACAUACCGGUGAAAAACCAUAUGAAUGUUCUGUUUGUCUGAAAACAUUUGCAUUAAAAGGUAAUUUAACUGUUCAUGAACGUACCCAUACUGGUAUUACGCCAUAUGUAUGUUCAGUAUGUCUAAAAGGAUUUAAUGAUUCAUCUAGUUUAAAGAAACAUCAAAGAGUUAAACAUAGUCAAGAAUUAAAUAAGAGUGUUAAUAUAAAAGAGGAAAAUAUGAAUAUAAGUGACACUGAAGCCGCUAUUAUUAUAAUUAAAAAAGAUAGUGAUGAUGAUAAUACUAAUUAAUUAUAUACUUCGUGUCAAAAAAAAUUCAAAUUAGAGUUUAUAUGCCACCGCAUUUUUGUUCGAAUCGUAACUAUAUAAUAAAUCUGGUCAGAUUGUAAACUGUCAAUAAAUUGUAAACAAAUUAUAAGAUUUACAAUCUAACGCAUUUAUUUUCGUUAUAUUAUAAACUAACAAUGACCCAUUCUCAAUUUCUUCAACCAAUCAGUGU